AAGAGCGGCAGUCUACAGGAGGCCUGUCAGUAUGUCGCAGGCAGGGUGCUGCAUGACUGGCCACAACUCUACAUGUACUUGCCGAUGAAACCGCCGCGAACUCGUGAACAGAUCCCUGCGGAGGAUUCUAUGGCAGCCCUCGACAAGUGGCUCAAUUUCAACCGGCAUGCCAGCGUCUCGGACCUCGCCGAUGCUCUCGACUGUGUCGGAUGGGCUAAAUGGGCCUCCGAUGUUCGCUCACGCUGGGGUGAAUCCUCACCAGAGGAAAAUCCUGACGGUGAAACAGAAAAGGCAAGCACGGAAAGAGAGUCGGAGACACCAAAAUUUGAAAAGGAAGAAUAUGAGCCCGAGAAAUUCGAUAGGGAACGAGAAGAACUGACAGAUGGGGAAGCGGACUCCGAGAGGAAACUGACUGCAACACCCGCCCGAAGGUCUAGGUCACCUGCGAGCAUUUCAGAUGCAAGUGAGGCCUCAGAGACCGGCGUGAAGAUAGAGAAUGGGGACAUUAGAUGCCAGAAAGCAGAGUCCGAGCAAAGAAGGGGAUCGAGGAAAAAGGAAUCUGGAACAAUGAGAAGCCGGCAGCCUCAGAAGGCGCGGUUAGAAACCGAGUCAAGUGAAAGCGGAACAGAAACACCUGAAGAGGACAACAACCGAAAAAGGACACAUUCAGACGCCAAGAGGACGAGCUCAAUACGAACUCCAAAGAACAAAAGAAAAGAGGAAUCCAAGCAGACUGGUCAGAAUCAGAAGGCGGUCCACGACAGUGAAUCUGACGAGGCCAAUGUAGACGACCUAGCUGAUAAGAGUAAAGCUGCAAACAAAGUAAUGGAACACGAAGAAACUGAAAAAUUAAGUAGUGACGGAGAAGACGAGAUGGUUGAAUUAGGGUACGUAAGCAGAACAACUGAGGCUGAAGAGAAAAACAAAAGUGGGCGUUCUAACACCGAAAAGAACGACGCCAAGGAGCAAAAGACUGAUAAGGAGGUAAGAAAACAGGAUAAUCGACCAGAUGUUAAAAGGGAUAAGGGAAACGACGAGAACGCAAAGGAGAAGAAAGAAAAGGAGGAAGAAGAAAAGAGAGCUCCAUCAAAAAAUAUAAGUUCCGGAGGAGAUAAGAACAAAGAAAAGCAGGGGAAGGAAGAAAGUGAGCGCACACCAAACAAGGCGGAAAUUGAUAAGGGUGAUAAGGCCAAUAGUAAACACUCUUCGCAAUCCCAGGGGGAGAAAUCACACGUCGGGAACAAGAAAAGCACCCACGUGAAAAAACCCGAAGAGGAGAGCGACGAAGCUGAAUAUAAUAAGGCUGCCGACGACGUGCAGGACAAGGACCCCAAUGAGGAUAAAAAUUCUCAAGAGAAAGCUUCAGAAAAUGAGUGUGACGGGAAAGAUGAAGAACGGUGCCAAGACGACGAGGAUGGACACGCUGAGGAGGAAAAGACUGGGAAGGAGGCAAAGCCACCAGAUAGUGAACCAGAUGUGAAAAAGGACAAUAAAGAUAAAGGAAAGAACAAGAACGCAAAAGAGAAGAAAGAAAAGGAAAAGAAAGAGAAGGAAAAGAAAGAAAAGGAAAAGAAAGAUAAGGAAAAGAAAGAUAAGGAGAAGAAAGAUAAGGAGAAAAAAGAUAAGAAUGAAGAAAAAAAUGCUGAUGGGAAAGAAGAGGAAAAGGCAGCGAAAAAUGACGAACGGUGCCAAGACGAUGAGGAUGGACAGGAUGAGGAGGAAAAGAUUGAGGAUGAGGCAAAGACACAGGAUAAUGAACCAGAUAUGAAAAAGGAUAAUAAAGAUAAAGGGAAAAACAAGAACACAAAGGAGAAGAAGGGAAAGGAAAAUAAAGAAAAGGAGAAGAAAGAAAAGGAAAAUAAAGAAAAAGAGAAGAGAGAAAAGGAAAAUAAAGAAAAGGUGAAGAAAGAAAAGGAAAAAGAAAAGGAGAAGAAAGCAAAGAAGGCUGACGGGAAAGACGAGAAAAAAGCAGCGAAAGAUGAAAAACGAUGCAAAGACGAUGAGGAGACAGACGACGAGGUAGAGAGUGGAGAAAAAAAGGCUGCCGAUGAGGAUGCAAAAGAAAAUGCAAGGGAGCGCGAGUGGAACGGUGACGGUGAAAAGGCGGCGGAAGCGGGUUCUGAGCACAAAACCGGUGAAACAAAUGACGGAAAAACGGACAUCGAGAAAGCAGAAGGCACCUCCAAUUCCAGCCCCACCACAGAAGCGGGUCAACCAACAGAAGGGAAGGAUACGGUGGAUGAAAACUCGGCCCAAAAAAAGAAGAAGGGACUGGGAAAAUGGGGCAAAAAGAAGUAA